AUGUCGACGUCUUUCGCGGCGCUCAUGGCGCUGAGCGCCACCCAAACCCGACAGUCCGAUGCAGCAGUCCAGUCUGCGCUCGCCGAACGCCAGAGGAAGGAGGCACAGCGACGAAAGGAGCAGGAGGAUCGGGAUCGGCGCGAGCGGGAGGUCGAGGCGAAGCUCAGGCUCAAGCGACUGGAGGACGAGAAGCGCGAGCAGGAGCGGCAGCGGCGUCUCGAGGAAGAGCGGGGGGCGAAGGAGCGCGAGCAGCGCCGCAAGCAGGAGCAGGAGCGUGAUGCGCUGCGAUAUGGGCCGAAGAAAGCCAGGACGGACAAGAACGGGUAUCCAGUCUCGGGUGCUGCCCGCCGUCGCUCGUCUUCGUCGGACGACGAGUCUGCCGGGGCGAAUGCCCUCACGCGCGAGGAGAAGCGCCGGCGCCGCUUGGAGUCGGAGAUGCGCGGACGAAGCGCCCCCAGACGCAGCACGCACACUGGAUACAGCAAGGCUGGGAGGAGGCUCCCGGGUGGUGCAGUGGAUAUCACCACGACGGAGGCGUCUUUCUUAUCGGAACCCAGUGGCUCACAGUCCAUACGGGAGCGUGUUGCUGCUGAGCCCGCCAAGCUCAUCAAGCUGAAUGUCAACAAGCGCGAUACACGCACCAUUGACGAGAUUCUUCAGGACAGGGCGAAGGCUCGUGCUAAGACUCUCGAUGGGGACCAGGCCCGUAGUUUCAGUGAUUGGUUUGGCAAAGGGAAGAAGGAGUCGCCGAAGAAGCCAACUCCUCAGAUAGGCUCUGCGUCGACCUCUCGUGACAAUACACCGGGGACGAAGACAAGCAGCGGCUAUGCGUCACCUGCUGCGCAUUCUGCUGGACUGCCUAAAGUCCCUCCUGCCAAGUCAUCCGCCGCAUCUGCAACAAUUACAAGUAAGGCCGGCGCGAGGCAGCUCACACGAGCACCUAGUGCUCUUGCGAGCAGACCUGCCGCUUCAUCGUCGAAAUCGCUCCAGAAGAACGCUCCAUCUAACGGCUCCAUACGAGCGCCUGUUCCCCGACGCUCUCCUGCCUCGUUUUCUGCCAAAGCCAGCACUUCCACGAGCAAGCCGGCCGCGAAGAAGCGACCCCGCUCACCCUCGAUGUCGCCGACUCCUUCGCCUCCUCCACCAUCGAAGAAGCGUGCGCCAGAGCGUGGCGGCUCUGCGUUAGGCGCAGAGAUUUGGAAGAUCUUCGGCAAGGAUAGGACGGCGUACACGGCGCGGGACGUCUUGAGCGACGACGAGGACAUGGAAGCGGAUGUUCGGUCCCUUGAAUUCGAGGAAGCACAAAGUUCGCGUAUCGCCAAGCGCGAGGAGGAGGCGGCUAUAGAGGAAGAGCGACGCCACGAAGAGGAAAAGCGCAGGCGCAGGAAGGAGAAGGAACUCAGGGAGAAGAGGGCUUGA